CUCUCUUGGCUCCUUGACAUGAGCUCCAUAUAAGGCAGCGAUCUCCAUAGAAACGUGUCAGUUUCAAUAGUAGUGUCAAAGUUCACUAUAUACAGACAUUCGCGCAGAUCCCCCUUCGGAAAAAUUGCUCCGCUAGUCUCCCCGUUUAAACGCAUUCAUUUUGUCUCCCCCUUGCAUAUUCUAUCAGUUGUUUUUUCUUUCCUCCCUUUCUCUCUCCACUCCGCAUGAGAGGUGAAAAUAGGGCGUUUUAGCGUCGGCCGGCCUUUUUUUUUGUCCUGGUGAGUUUUUUUUUCUCUGACAAUUCAGAUCUUCGGAGAAGAAGGGAUUUAACACUCGCCAUACUUUACUUCGGAUCGCGUGGUUAUUUUUUUUCUGUGUGUGUCCCCUCGAAUUGUGAUCGUUUCUUUCCUUUCCCCCCCACCCCCAACUCCCAUAAUCUUUAACCCCUCGUUCUCUCCUAUAUUGCUUUCCUGAAUGGCUGACUGCGUGUUGCCCUGGAUCUGGCCUCCCGACACUUGCUUCCCCUGAUCGGGAUAUUUUUUUAAUUCUUUCUUUUUGCUGCCCAUUUGUUUCGGUUACUGGUGAUCAACGCACACUCAUUCAUUCACUGCUCCCUGUGUGUGUGUGUCUGAGUGAGUUGCUUUGAUCGCAGUUGUAUUCCUUUUCCCCCCUCUCUCUCUCUCUCUCUCUCUAUCUCCCUCUCUCUCUUUCUCUCUCUCUCUCUCCUCAUUUCUGUUACCACCAUCCAACUCUGCUCCCUACCCACAGGACAAAAAAAAUCCGUGCGACCAACUUGUUUUCCCGCACUUUUUGGGCCCGAGAUAUGGCAAUGGUAGUUAGUACUUGGCGAGCUCCACAGGACGACGUGGCCGGAGCUCAGGGCGGCCAGUCUGCACAAGCGCAGCCGGGCCAGCAGCAGCAGGCGGCGUCGGGUGCUCCACACACCCCGCAGACUCCGGGCCAACCGGGGCCGCCUUCCACCCCGCUCGGGGGCAGCAGUCAGAGUGUCCAGCCAGGCGGCGAGAAGCAGCAGCCCAGCCAGCAGCAGCAACACAUCGAGUGUGUCGUGUGUGGGGAUAAAUCUAGCGGCAAGCACUACGGCCAGUUCACAUGUGAGGGCUGCAAAAGUUUCUUCAAGAGAAGUGUUCGGCGAAACUUAACGUACACAUGUCGUGCCAACCGGAAUUGUCCUAUAGACCAACACCACCGCAAUCAGUGCCAAUACUGUCGCCUGAAGAAAUGCCUCAAAGUUGGGAUGAGACGGGAAGCGGUUCAGCGAGGAAGAAUGCCUCCAACUCAACCAAACCCAGGCCAAUACGCGUUGACGAAUGGGGACCCUUUGAACGGCCAUUGCUAUCUAUCCGGAUACAUCUCCUUACUACUGCGGGCCGAACCUUACCCAACCUCUCGCUAUGGGAGCCAAUGUAUGCAGCCAAACAACAUCAUGGGGAUCGAGAACAUCUGCGAGCUGGCUGCAAGAUUGCUUUUCAGCGCGGUGGAAUGGGCCAGGAAUAUCCCUUUUUUCCCUGAUCUGCAGAUCACAGAUCAGGUGGCUCUGCUAAGGCUGACUUGGAGUGAGUUGUUUGUGCUGAAUGCUGCCCAGUGUUCGAUGCCGUUGCAUGUGGCCCCUCUGCUGGCUGCUGCCGGCCUCCAUGCUUCACCGAUGUCCGCAGACAGAGUGGUUGCCUUCAUGGAUCACAUCAGGAUCUUCCAGGAGCAAGUGGAAAAACUGAAAGCUCUGCACGUUGACUCGGCAGAAUACAGCUGUCUUAAAGCGAUUGUGUUAUUCACAUCAGAUGCCUGUGGCCUGUCGGAUGCUGCACACAUAGAAAGCCUGCAGGAGAAAUCUCAGUGUGCUCUGGAGGAAUAUGUGAGGAGCCAGUACCCAAACCAGCCGAGCCGCUUUGGCAAGCUCUUACUGCGACUGCCUUCUCUUCGUACCGUCUCAUCCUCGGUCAUCGAACAGCUCUUCUUCGUCCGUUUGGUAGGUAAAACACCAAUUGAAACCCUCAUCAGAGAUAUGUUACUGUCGGGGAGCAGCUUCAACUGGCCUUAUAUGUCCAUCCAAUGAUGAGAGAAGGACACCCCUCCCCAAACAAAACAAAAAAAAAAAACAAAAGCAUUUUAGGCGAGACACCCUCUCUAUUCAAGGACUUGAAAGUUCCUAUAGGAUGAUAUCUGUGAAAAUAAAAGGACCUUCCAAGAGGCCAAGCUGGUGACUGUGGGAUUUAUUCUGUGAAAAAGAACUGAACUGCAUCAUAUGUAGAACUACACUUACCACAAGCAUUGUUUAUCAUUUUGUAAAAUAUUAGUCAUUAUUUUCUUUUUUGUAAAAUUUAAAAAAAAACAUCGUAUGCGCAUUUUAAAACAAAUCAGAAAUUAGGGGGAAAAUAACAUUUUCCAAAUAAUUAUAAAUUUGUCCUGUGUCUGUGUAUCUAUAUCUGUUUUGUAUUUUUUUUUUCCUGGUUCCAAACCAGGUUUUCUGUGAUUCUAUACUAAUUUUUUUUUAUACGACCUUUUGCUUCAUAUAACGAGUGCGAUUAAUGUCGUCAAAACUAUGUUCUCCAAGAAUUAAAAUUGAAAUCCGAAAUAAACAAAUAAAUACAAGAAUUUAGCACAACGUUUAAAAUAAAGGAAACUUUGUCGCUUUAAGCGUACCGAAUAGCCUGCAUUAUUGGCGAAACUGACGUUUUAAAAAGUGAUCAGAUUAUUAGAGAGCACUCCGAAAUGUUAAUAGAGAAAACGUGUUUUUAAACUCUCACGCAGUGGACCCCCUAAAGAACAUUUGUAUUCUGUGCCGAUUCCCAUUGCCUCUGUAGUUUUGGUCUGAGUGUCCAAGGCACUUAUCUCUUUCAUUUAACAAAGGUCUCCAUGAACUCUGAAAUUAGUUGGACUGAAACUGCUCAUUUAUAUUCAGGACUAUCUUGAUUAAAGUUUUAUUUUGUUUAUGAGAACCGCCCCCAUCCUACCUCCGCCUUGUCUCCGAAUUUCCACGUGGAAAUAAAACGUAAAUUUCCCCUGUAUGCCCCCACCCCAAGACUCUGAAGUACCAUUCAUCUCCCAGUUUUUAAUCAUGUAACCAAACUUUCCUAUCACUACUGCCAAGCCUGUUUACCUGUAGUUUUUUUUUUAAAGAAACAACGUUUAGCAAAAAAAAAAAAAGUACAAGCGCUGUACUCUUGCAAACGCGUUGUUCUGUUGGUAUGAUGGAAUAUUCUUGUAAAAAUGGUUGUUAUGUUGGAACAGUUACAAAAGUGAUAUAAAAGAGAUCUAUCGUA